CAGACCCGCAUCCGCGAGUGCGAACGUGUUUGCCGUUCCCCCGUGUGGAAUCCGCUCGUACUCCGGUGCACCGGCAACGACACAGUUUGCGCGAAUCGACUGGGCCGUCCCGUGCCGCCGUUUGUAUCCCUGCAACUUCCACAAUCCAGGCUGAGACAAAGGAUUAGGUGGUUACCCUGCGCGAGAGGCAGGCAGGCUCCGACGAUAUUACCGAAGUAUAUCGAUAAGUGUCAAAUGUGAACUGUCAGAAUUUCUCGAAUGUCAUUCUGCUUCGACUACUUCGGGAAAUUUUACGCGUCAUUUAAUGACUUAAAUCGACGUGUAAAAUCAACGACAGGCGGUCUUCUGCGAUUCGGCGUUUGCCGAACAAUCGAUAGAUGCAAAAUUAUUUGUUUACACCACAUCUUGUAAUAAGUUAAUUAACCUGCGCGUAUGAUUGCGAUUAUCCGUGCUGCUAAUUAAAGUACUCUGUGUUCCCUUGGAUCCUUAUCGCGGCUAUUUCUGCGAUUGAAUGACGUUAUCGUGGUACUAUGAAGUUUCACAAUGGAGUUUCCCGAAUCGCGUAACGUCGUUAAGGAUUUAGAUUUGACCCUUCAACCGCGAAUUGUCCCGCGGUAUAAGACUUGGCUUUCCCUCGCUACACAGCAACUGAGACUCAGAAAUCUGAUACAAAUAAUAGGCCAUAAUCUAACAGGGAAUGUAAAUGGAGAAAUAUGUUGGUUCUAUUAUACUCUACAUUGGACAAGUAUGUCAUCCCCGUUAUAUACAAGUGAAGCAAUUGACAAUGCUAAUCCAAGAUGGUCAAGUCUGGAAGUACCUACUUUACAUGCCACAGGUUACUCAGCAGCUAGUGAAAUUAUUCUAAGAAUUUGGAAGCGUUCUAUGACAGGCGAUGCUAAAACUGAUGUAACCUUCUUCUCAUGGGGAAUAUCAUUUACUGGAUUAUCCUAUAUUGGUCCUAAGCUACCAGCAAAUCUCGAAACCAUCUUGAAAGAAAAUUCCUUAAUAUUCCACUUUCAUGGUGGAUAUUUUGCUCCUGUGUAUUGCUUUAUAACAGCUCCAGACUUAAAGCGGUAUCUCAACAUGAACAUGAAUGGAUCUGAAGUAAAGAGUAGUUAUACAGUGAAUAAACUUACCAGUUUAAGAAGCAAAAUGCAGGCACUAAAACAACAAACGGAAUCAGUACAAGCACUUAGAGUACGCAUUGCAUCGGGUGAUGAUUUUUAUACUCCUAAAUAUCCACAGACAACUUUAAACAGACUGUUACAACCACGAAAAGUAAAUAGGGAGAAGAAGGCUGAAAUUAUGAGAAUACGUAAAGAGUUAGAAAUGGCCAAAUUUAGAACAAAAUUGUUAGAACAAGAGAGAGCACGUAAAAUGGGAGAGAUUCGUGUGCUGAAUCAGUUGCAUUCUAACAUCGUAGAAGAGAAUCAAGAUCAUGCUUCUGAUUUGGUGGAAAGAUAUAGGGAAUUGAAUAAAGAUGUGGAAAGACUGAACGAGUGGCGACAGAAUCAUAUGGAUACGAGGGAGACUUAUUUACAAAUAAGUAGUCAACUUGCACAUAGGAGGCGCCAGUUAAUAUCAGAAUUAAGUUUAAUAUAUCCAAUCCGACAGGAAGAUACUGGGAAAUUUAGGAUAAAUGAUGUUCAUUUGCCGGACAGCGAGGAAUUGGAAUUAUCUAAUGACACACAAGUUGCCGUCGCGCUGGGCUUCGUCGCUCACACAACGCAGAUGAUCGCAAACUUUUUGAAUGUACCGACUAGAUAUCCUAUCAUACAUUACGGCUCUCGCAGUAAAAUUAUAGAUCAUAUUACGGAAAGUUUACCCGAUAAUGACAAACAGUUCCCACUGUUUGCUCGAAGCAAGGAUAAGUUACAGUUUCAUUAUGCCGUGUAUUUGUUAAACAAAAACAUAGCACAACUUCGGUGGUAUUGCGGCCUGCCUACUACCGAUUUAAGAGCGACGCUGCCAAAUCUCGCUACUCUGAUUAACAUCAAACCCAAUCAAACGCAUUUGGACAAUUCGAAACGCACGUUCUCAAACUCAUCGUUGGACACCGAAGUCGGCAACGGCAAGCAGAAUCCGUCUCUCACGCCGCCAUUGCAGAAGAUUAUUUUCGAGAAAUGUCACCGCUCCUCACGAUCGAUGAGUCAGUUGAAAAGCAUCAAGUCCACGCUCGGAUCCUCUUUGGAUCAGGGUUUAGACAAGCCUGUGCAGUCGCCCGCGCUGGGCAGUCAAUCGAAACGUAUUUGUAAGUCGGAAGAGAGUGCCAUUGACAAUAAAACCUUGGUACUGGCUAAGGACAGGUCAAGCAAUAGCAGUAACGAAACGUUAAAUAGUGCCAUUCUGAAUAAUAUCGAUAACAUAACCCUUAAGGAUAAUAAUUUCGCUGACAGUAGCGAUAAGGUCGUUAUUGAGAGUAACAUAGAGAUCAUGAUACCUACGUCGGUUUCCAAAUCGAGGAACGUCGCGGACAGCUUGGAAAGUUCCGUGAGCGCUAGGGACAGGAGUUCCAAUUCUAUAAGCAGCUGCGAAAUGGCUCUCAGUAGUAGCCAAAACGACGUGCACGAGAGUUCGAACGAUAACCACGCGAGGAGAGAGAGUCACGACGAUAAUAUUUUCUCGAUGGACGAUGGUCUGAGAAAUAUCAAGGACGCGAUAGACAGCGCGCUGAAGGAGGGCGAACAGAGCGAGGAGCAUCACUCGAAGAGUGAGACUCUGCAGAAUUACGACACGAGCAGCACGACCAUCAGUGAACAAAAUAACAGUGUUCACGAACAAAGCCCGCUUAGGGAAAUUGCCAUUUACAGUAAAGAACGUUUUGCCAAGUCGUGCUUGUCUUUGGACGACGUGUGUACUUACGAAGAAUCGGAACAAAAGCGAAGAACAAACUGCGUUAGCAGCUUUCCGGAGCAUUGCACGAAGGAUACUGCACUACGAGAGGAGUACGACUCCGAAUCCAGAUCGGACAAAUCAAGUUACUCCCAACAUGUUGAGAAAUGGCCGCAGAGUAUCAUGGUGAACGAACCAGUGCCAGACACGAGGCCCAUUUUAAGCGCACCAAAACCGGAUAGUUAUUCAUACGACGAAGCGAAGUCGCAGUGUGAUAUUCAAACGUCGAGCGAAUAUAUAGACAUCAUUAGGCGCAGCUCGGAGAACGUGUGCGCGCGUACCGAAGCCUUAGCUAAUAAGAAAACUAGUUUUAAAGUUAUGAAACCGCGUCUUUAAUAUCUGCCUACAUCGUGAAAUUGUGCCCUAAUAGUGCGAAACACCGGUGUGUAGGUAUGCACCGAAAAAGGUUCUUGAAGACGUAUUCGAUUUACGUCUUCAAGCAAUUAUGCAACAUCUCCCAUAUAUUCUCAGUAUAAAAGAAGUUUUAUUAAAAAGGUCGUGAUUUCACUUAAAUUGACUUCACUUAAAUUUGUAUGUUAAAUUCAUGCAAAGUUACAAAAAAUACAUUUACCAUCUCUUUUCUUUCAUUCGUUCGAGUCAGCAAAAUAAGAUUGUUAAAUGAAUCACCGCACACGCCUUACAUAGAGCAGAUAUGGCAGUGACGCAUUCCGUGGUAUGAAUAUGCACCGAACCAUUAAAAAGUGUACGAAAAAGCAAAUUAAAAAAGCCACCUAUCGCGUGCUUAUCUAUACUGUUCUAUAAAAACUGGCAGUUUCUUUCCCGUUGCACAAAACAAUUCGAAUUGAUGAUGCAACAACAGGACGUUAGCAGGUGUAACGAUGUGGAAAAGAUCGUUAGAACAAAUAUAGUUCCUCUACGACUGCGUAUAGUACGUAUCUAUAUAUAUGCGAUAUGAGUGCAGGCGCGUUAUUAGUUGCAUUGCUUUAUUUGUACGCACGCUGUGCACUUGUGUGACAACUUUAGUUGAACAAUAGUUACGGCCAGAUGGAAAAUUCAAAUUUUGUGAUCACAAGUUGGAAUUUUCUCGAUUUGAUAGUCAAAUGUACAUAUGUACUGACAUCAGUUGUAUUAUAUAAGUUGCGACUUCACUAUUGCGCAUUACAAAGCUUAUAUUGUUAUUGUUUCUCUGUAUUAAAGCAUUUUUAUCGAAAGUCAAGGUAAUAUGUAAAGAAUGCAGUUACAUGAGAUAUAAUUGUAAAUAUUCUAGAUACUCUAGAUUUUUUCACUGUACUUAGCUCACGUAACUGACUAAUAUAUUCGGUUUAUGUUUACAGUAUAAGCAAUUGAGCAUAAUUAAUUAUAUUUUUGCCAUUGAGAAUAUACCGCGUGAAUUUAUGUACGAGGACCAACCAAAGUACUAAACCAGAUUAAUUGCUUAACAGAAUGGUCAUGUAAGUAAUUAGGUAACCCUAAUUAGCCAGUAAUAUAAUUAAGUGAAUGUGGAAAACGUCUUGAGAAGAAAAUUGUUCGCGAGGCAAAGUUUCAUUGUGAAACUUGUUAACAACGGACUAUUGCAAUGUGAUAAAUAAAACUUGUCUACUCGAAGGCAGAGAAGGAAA